AUGGGUAACGACGGCGGUUCGAUACCGAAGCGCCGGGAGCUUGUGAAGAAUGCCGCUCGAAUGCCGACGGUGUCUGAACUCAAAGCGACCAUUCUCGAAUCCCUCGGCCACGCCUGGUCGCAUUGUACGCUCAGCGAUGCGCCUCUUGACAUGGAAACAGCAGUCUCGGAUGCAUCUGGUCGGCUAUAUAACUACGAGGCAGUUUUGAAGUAUCUCAUGCCAGAUGAAGAGUCUACGGACUCGGACGUCCCCCUGACCAACAUUCGUUCCCUCCGCGACAUUGUGCGACUCAAGUUCCUUCACCGUGGCGGCAAGUGGAUUUGCCCAGUCUCCCUAAAGGAGAUGGGCCCUGCCACUCGAUCAGUAUACAUCGUGCCAUGCGGGCAUGCAUUUGCUGAAGUCGCCGUCACCGAAAUUAAGGAAGACCUCUGCCCCGAAUGCAGCGAGCCCUUUGAGCGCAAAAACGUCAUCACGAUUCUGCCAACGACCGACAAGGAUAUUGAACGACUAGUGGAGAGAAUGGAGGAGCUCAGGUCGAAGGGGUUGAGUCAUUCUCUUAAGAAGGACAAGUCCGAAAAGAAGAAGAAACGCAAGGGAGAAACUCUGGUACAGGCAAAUGGGGACAAGACCGACGAAAAAGCAGCCACAAACAAUAAGAAAGCGAAAAGGGAAUAUGAUAGGACAGGAGACAUCAAUAAUCCCAUAGCUGCCAGCCUCACCGCACGUGUGAUGGCAGAGCAGGACGAGAAAAAUAGGCAGCGGCGUCUGGCACAGACUGCCGCGACAGGGCGUUAG